UAGCUCCAAUAGGCGUAUGACACUUGUCAUCUCAUAACUUGUCCUAAGCAGCCCAUGAGAAGGUACCAACUAAAAAGAUAUGGCAUUAAAACAUUGAAGGGCAAGUUGUGCCCUAAAAUUGUUGAGAAGCUUAAGGCCGUCAGUGAAGAGGCAACAGACUGCCUUUCCCGUUAUGCUGAUGAUAGUAUGUUUGAAGUAGAGAAGGGACGUAGAACGUACGUCAUGGAUUUGAGGAAGAGGACAAGUGGAUGCAGGAAGUGGGAAAUGACUAGGGUCUCAUGUGCACAUGGAUAUUCUGCCAUAACCUUCCAUGGACACAAACCGAAGGAUUAUGUGGAUCACUACUAUAGCAUUAAGAUGUUCAAGAAGGCGUAUGCUCCCAUGAUAUAUCCAGUUCCUAGUGAGGAAAAGUGGAUUUGGAUCAACCACGGUGUUUUGGAACUGCCUAAAUCAAGAGUGGCCCUAGGCAGACCUCGAAAGGCCAGAACAAGAAGUCCUGAUGAGUCAAGAGAACCAAAGAAUCCUUACAGGAUGAGGAAGUUUGGAGUGAAAGGUAAAUGCAGUUUCUGCAAACUGUUUGGACACAAUACCAAGACUUGUCCAAAGAAGAAGUAUCUGGCAUCAAAUUAUAGGCAACCCGCGACAGAAGUUGAGUUGCCUAUUCCAUCUCCAGCAAGUACACAAAGUGUUGGAAGUAGCAGUAGUCGAAGAGAAGAUACAAAGCUAGCAACCUCAAGUCGAAGGGGAGGUGCACAGCCACAUAACAAAAAAUUCCUAUAAGGAGAGGUGUUUUAAUUGAUCGCAGUUGUGCUUCAAAGCAACCCAUUGUAGCAGCUACUUCAUCUGUUCAAAGACAUGUGGAAAAUACUGUUGGACUUAUAGUGCCAUGUUGGAACAGGCAACCUCCAGCACCCAGACCACCUCCACCACCCAAGAAAGUGUCUGACAGAUUAAAAGCCCAAUGGCGCAGCGUUCCAACAAAUCCAAAACCCACAGUUUGAAUUGACCUAACUGCUAGAACAACUAUUGAAGAUGUAGGUGGAGGGAAAGUAUACGAAUUGAACCCAAUCACCCCACCUGUUGCUGCAAAAGAGAAAUCCAAAGGAAAAAAGCGUUGUGCAUACCAUUGAAAAAGGAAUACAUAUUAUGGAGUCCAAGUUGAAGAAGAAAAAGCCACAAUGGAAGCAUUGACAAGUGUUUUGGACAAUUUGCACAAUUUGUGUAAUGUAAUGAAAUGUUAGGAAAUGGUUGGACAAGUUUGGUAAAUGCAGGUUUAUGGAUUAUGUAGCUUGGUUGCGUGUUUGGAUAGUGGACUAUGGAUUAUGUAGCUUGGUUUAUGGAUUAUGUGUGUUUGAAGAAUAUGGAUUAUGGAAUAUGUAGCUUGGUUUAUGGAUUAUGUGUGUUUGAACAAUAUGGAUUAUGUAGCUUGGU